AUGAGCAAGGAGGGGCAGGGCCCAGGGCAGCCCCCCAAGACACCAUGCCCUGGGGAGAAGGUGCAACAGGACCUGCAGGUCCUGAUGCAAAAGGUUGGGGGGAAACCAGAGGUGCUCCUCAUCGGGGAGACCUUGGGGGGCAAGGACAUCCAUUCUCUCAUGGGUUCUUUUGUCAAGGACCUGUUCUCUACCACCUGCCACCCCAUCAGUCCCACGGACGUCCUGAAGAGCCAAUGUAAUGCCUUGUGUCCUUCGGGAGCCAAGCCACAGCAGCUCGUCUUCUUCCUAUGCCGAGCCUCUUGCGUGAAAGGUAAGCAGGCGGAGCUCCAGAAGAUCCUGAAGGAGGUGAAGCAGUUCGUCCAGAAGGCUCCAUGCGCCUUGGUGGGGAUCAUUAUGGAACCGGAACCGGGGGAAGCAGCAGAGGCUCGCGGCCAGCUGGAGAAACUGAUGCGGGGCAUCUUCCCGAAAGCGCCACAAAAAAAGGCCCGGCAAACUAUCCGAAAGGAGGACCAGGGCAAGGAGCUGGAGGAGGUCCAGGUGGAAGUGGAGAUCUAUGUCCCCGGUCAGCCAAAGGGGAAGCUGGCUGUCAUGAAGGCUGUCUGCCGUGCGUCGGAAGCCCUGUCCAAAUGUGGAGGUGCGACAAGCACUGGGAGAGCUAUUGAGCAGGUCGAGGGAGUGGACACUGGCAGGGGUUCUUCUUGGAAGUCAGUAGCUCUCAAAAGCUUAUUGGGGAUCACGUUCGUGGGCGGUCUUGCCGCUGCAGGAUGGUAUCUCUAUGACCAAGGCCUGAUCCCAUCAAACAUCAUCCCAACCAACUUCAUCCCAUCAAACCUGUUCUCUUUUGCGAGAGCCUGAAUUCACUUGGAUUUCAGCUGUCCUUCAUAAUAAACAAAC